AUGCCUGGAAGUCACCUCGUUUCAUUGAGGAUACCAAGUACCCUCGUCGCACAUUCCUCCCGAGCAUCUAUCUUGCCGGUACAAUCAAUCAUAUCACCAGGAGCUAUCUACAUUCCUCGAGGUGCUCGGUGCCAAUCCGUUACAAAGCCAUGGAAAGGUUCACAAACCGAAGAGCAUAGCAUCCCGCGUGCUAAGCGAGGCGAUACUAAGGACCCGUCCGCUUCUGCCGUUGCGUCCGGUUUGGAAGAAAGAGAUGUGAAUGAAAGUAUCGCAGAUGAUACCAAGUCGCAAGGCACAACUCAAAGGGGUGGUCGUAAAGAGGAGAGGAAGGCCAAAAAGGACCAUCCAGCGGCUCCGGAGCCAAUACUUGGGAUGAAUGAUGAACGGGGAGGGAAGGGCCACUGA